UUAGGGCGCCAGUUCAGUUCCGACAUUCGAAUAGACAUAAAGUUGCGUAUCAACUAUCUACAGUAUAUAAGAAAUUAAUCGUCGAUACUAAAUGUAAACACUUUACUCUUUUAUACCACAUUUAGUUAUUAUGAAAAACAAAUACAAAUACUACAAAUGUAUAAAAUUCUUUAAAAAAAAAUUUGAUAAUUGAAAAAGUCCAUAAUUUCAACAACAUGGACGUGGACUACUCAUCUUGUGAAAUAUUACCAGAGCAAGUCGCUGGUAUAAAUGAUAGCAACACUUUUAAUAUAACAAACUAUUGUAGUACAAAUAGUACUGAUUUAUCAACUGAAGUGACAGUAUUGUAUGAUGUGCCAGUCAGUAUUAUUGUCCUCCUUUCAAUAUUUUAUGGAACAAUAUCCGUCAUGGCCGUUGUUGGCAACACACUCGUUAUUUGGAUAGUAACAUCAAGUCGUCGGAUGCACAAUGUGACGAAUUGUUACAUAGCAAAUUUAGCAUUAGCAGAUAUUGUCAUUGGUUUAUUUUCUAUACCUUUUCAGUUUCAAGCAGCUCUAUUACAGCGAUGGAACUUACCAGCAGUAAUGUGUCCAUUUUGUCCAUUUGUCCAAGUACUUUCAGUCAACGUGAGUAUUUUUACUCUCACAGCGAUAGCAAUUGAUCGCCAUCGAGCUAUACUCAGUCCUCUCAGAGCUACUCCAACAAAAUUCCGAGCAAAAUUAUUAAUAGCCACCAUAUGGAUAGCAGCUUUCACGUUGGCAACGCCAAUGGCCAUCGCACUUAGAGUUCAAGUUAUUGAAUACACAGAUGGCGCUGGCUACAAACUUGAAAAACCGUUCUGUCAUAACUUACGUUUACCAGAACAGACUAUGUUCCUUUACAGAGUAACGUUGUUGUUUGUGCAGUACGUGGUACCAGUCAUCAUAAUAACAGUUGUGUACGUGAGAAUGGCUUUGAGGCUGUGGGGAUCACAUGCACCAGGAAACGCACAGGACAGUAGGGAUGCUAAUCUGAUGCGAAACAAAAAAAAGGUCAUAAAAAUGUUGGUUAUAGUUGUUGGGCUAUUUGUUUUAUGUUGGAUGCCGCUACAAACAUAUAACGUCCUCCAGGAUAUCUUUCCAUCUAUUAACCAAUUUCGUUAUAUCAACAUUGUAUUUUUUUGCUGUGAUUGGUUGGCCAUGAGCAACAGUUGUUAUAAUCCUUUUAUUUAUGGAAUAUACAACGAAAAGUUUAAACGUGAAUUUCGUAUCAAACUUCGACAUUUCCGCCGGGGCAGGUUUGGAAAAUCUAGUAAUCAUCACGCUAGAUCACCUUCGGUUAGAUCGACAACGCUAUCGGAAUGGAAAAGGGGAUAUUCGACCCGUACACACCGAACUAACUUAAAUGGACUAGUUGAAGGUAAUGCAAGAAGAGACGAUUUGGAUAUGUAUGUGUUCAAAUCUGGCAAAAUCACGUUAGUCAAAUGUGGUAGUCAUUCCGACCUAGAAGAACUAUGUUUAUAAUAUAUAAAACAUUUUUAUUAUACUAUUGAACGUUUUCAAAUUCGUGUAAUGUACUAUUGUUUAAACUGUAAAUAUAUUAUCGAAUCUCGGAAAUGAAAAUAAUAGUCUACUGGUGUAUAUUCUCAUAAAUUCAAUGUUUUACUAGUAUACUAUAGUAAAUGCGUAACUAAUUAUAUAAUAACUGGUUACAAAAAGCACAACAUUUAUUAGAAUCAAGUUUACGCGUAUUGUACGCGU